GUUUUAGUACUAGUCGUCACUAAAUGUACGCAUGCGUUUAGACGCGUAUGGUUGACGUCUAACGUACAUUUGGACGAUGUUUUAGACGCUUUUGAGUUUUGACACAUCCAUGGUGCAACGACGUGUUCGAUGCCUCGCGUCUGACUCGUCGGGGUUGCCCUUAAGCCAUCCCAGCCGCUGUUAGCGGGGCUAGCGAUGUUGCAAAGGUUUGAUAAGGUGAACAAUGUUAGUCCUCUUCUUAGAGGUGCUGGAGGUGACAAUGUCAUGUAGAUUGUGUUGUGUACUGUAGAGGUUAUGUAGCUGUACAUAGGCUACGCUAGCUCUCUUUGCUCCCUCCACAACGUGAGGGGAUACUUGUACAAUAUACUCAAUGGUCACGCGUUCCUUCGGCGGGGCGUUGCAUCAUGGACGCGAUAAAGGAAGGUCCCGAGAGAAGCAUGAGCCCGGGCCGAGUGGUGGCCCUCGCUGCCGGCCUCUCUAUAGGGGCCGGGGUGGGCUACAUGGUCUACCGCCACCUGAGCAGCACCAGUAUCAGUGCCACCUCCCAGCUGGUCAGCUGUGAAGAGUCUACGAUGACUCUUCCCCUGGACGUGUACAGGAAUAUGUCAAGACACCAGGCCACCUUUCUGGAUACGGCCAGAGAGCGGUCUGGAGCCCAUGUCCAGGUCAUGCCGGCCACAGGGGGUCCCUGCCCUCAGACAGCUGUGGGUUUACUCCUUCGGGGGUCCCCGGAACAGAUACUAAUGGCCAAGUGUGUCCUGGGCAACCUGGUCACAGACUGUGAGCCAGCCACUGAAGUCCUGGAGGUGCCCCAGACGGCCUUUGGAAGGAUCAUAGGCCGUGGAGGGGAGUCUCUAAAGCUAAUCACGCAGACCACCGGCGCCAGGGUCGUUUGUCCCCGGGAGAGGCGGCAGGACCCUGGGGCCAUGGGCAAAGUGACCAUCACAGGCACCCAUCAGGAGGUGCAGCAGGCCAAGGAGUUGAUACUGGAGAAGGUGCGUGACGACACCACGGUAAGGAGGAAGAUCUGCCAGUCAUCCGCCCUUCGCCUGAAACGAGGGCCGCAUGAUCUCCAGGCCCCCAAGUGUGAGGACGCGGAGCCACAGCCGCCGGGACCGGCUGUCAACCACAACAACAACAACGGGCCCUGCUCCCUGAAGCCCGAGGAGCUGGCGCUGAGUCUGCAGUCCAACAAGCCCGGGAACAAGGAGGAGAAGCCCGAGGAGCUGGCGCUGAGUCUGCAGUCCAACAAGCCCGGGUACAAGGACGAGAACCCCGAGGAGCUGGCCUCCCCAGACUCCCUCUCCGAAGUGUCCAAGUUUGAAAUUCCCAGCCCGGACCUGAGCUUCCAGCCCGACGAGCACCUGGAGGUGUACGUCUCGGCGUCGGAGAACCCCAGCCACUUCUGGAUCCAGAUCCUGGGGGUUCGCUCCCUGCAGCUCGACAAGCUGACGGAGGAGAUGAGUCGCUUGUACGCCGCGGGAACACCCAGCGAGCACAUGAUAGAGUCCAUCGUGGUAGGGGACAUUGUGGCCGCCCCGUACCGGGACCAUUGCACGUGGAACAGGGCCCGAGUGCUGGGCCUGCAUGGGUCCGGCCUGGUGGACCUUUACUACGUGGACUUUGGAGACAACCAAGAUCUGCCCAAAGACAGCCUGCGCAGCAUGAGGAGUGAUUUCCUCAGUUUACCGUUCCAGGCCAUUGAGUGUAGCCUGGCAGAAGUACAGCCAGCAGAUGAGGCCUGGACCGAGGCAGCCCUGGAUGACUUUGAAAAACUAACUUAUUGCGCUGAGUGGCGCCCCCUGCGGGCCAAGCUGUGCAGUUACUCCCACUCUGAAGUUUGCACCUGGCCAAGUAUGAAGCUCUAUGACAACAGCCAGGGCAAGGCUGUAGAUCUGGGUGAGGAGCUCAUCCGUCUGGGCCACGCCGUGAGUUGCCAGGACUCAGGCAGCGCAGGAGGGGACGCUGAAAACCUUGGCUCUCUGCAGAGAAUGCUGGAUGAUGUGAUCGGGGCGUCGUCUGAGCUGAGCCUGUCCUGUAUAAGCCUAUCAGAAGUUGCUUCCAUCUCUGGAAGCGUUGACGAUACCAUUGAUGAUGAGCUUUUCUGAUGUCAAGCCUCCAGCAUGGACCGUCCACACCCCUGCAUCCCUUUGAUGUGGAUUGCUGCAGGUGAAUCUCUACCUAGCUGUGUGAGCCCCAACACCCUGCAUUGAUGAAGCGUUACUUACUUGAAUGUGUGCAACAGUUAAAAUCUUCCCGAAAAAGUAGUGGUCUUUAGUCACCCAAAUGCAGGAUUUAUUUGUUGCUGUCGUUUAUUUUUUUAAUAGUGCCACUGUUUCUGUUACGUUCAAGACUGCUUUGGGUUCAUAAUCAGGAUAUCGGGUUCAAAACUUCCCUGAGGCCAGUUCAUGGCUAAGUCACUGGUAAGCUGGACCGUGGCUGUAAUGUUUCAGUUUGCUGUGUGCGUGCGUGCGUGCGUGCGUGCGUGCGUGCGUGCGUGCGUGCGUGCGUGCGUGUGUGCGUGCGUGCAUGUGCUCGUGUGAAUGCCCAGCUGUUGAAUACAUUGAAUAUAUAUUGAAGAGAAAUAUAUUGUUCAGGUUAUAUUAUUGUUUUAAUAUUAAAUAUCGUUAUUUUGUGAAACUUAAGAUGUAUCUAUAAUACUGCAGUGCUAUUUGUCUGCAGAAAUACAAUAGUGAUCUUCAAUAAAGAAUUUAUUUGUCUUAAAUGUG